UCAGAAGGGGCUGUGUUAACGAGAAACUUCUCUUGGAAGUUACUGAGCUAAACCAUUGUUCGUAUGUCGCUGCCAGGGUCGGAGAGAGAAGGGACCAGGCGGGUGAAGUUCCAGGCUGCCCUGGCUGGAGCUGCGGGUGCCGAGGCCUGGCUGUGGCACCGGCACCGGGGUUAGCGCAGCUCCCGCACCCUCCGGGGAGAAGGCGGCCAAGUGGGGCUUCACUGCCAGGCCUGGGUGGUCUCUACCAUACAGUAAAGGGCCCAUCAAAACAGGCCCUGCUCCCUCUUGGCCCUGGGACAGGUCGCUUCCCUCCUGACCAGGCUGCCUUGGUUGUGCCUGGUUUGGUGGGGUUUUUUAAUCCUUUCGUAAUAGCAAUUUUUUGUGCUGUCUUUAUUCCCAGGGUUUCUUCUAAAACAACCAAACCCUUGGCUCUCCAAAUGGGGAUGGCCGUUCUUGCUGGAUAAGCCUUCUGCCUUUGUCCCACUGGGCUUGUGGAAGCAGCAGAAGUGCAGGCGUGCUUCUGCUGUGCCGUGCAGACAAGCAGCCACAUGACGGCUCGGUUCCUGUACUUGAGAAAACACUGCUGGUGCCUGUCCUGGCUGGCUGCAGCGCUGCCUCCAGCCCCAGCGAGGCUGUCUUAUCUGCUCCCAACAGUCGCUGUGUUCCCACCUGUUAAACACAUGCUCUCCAGCACUAAGAGAUGCACGCUGCUGAGGGGUGCUGGAACACUCUGGGGCCUCCUACCCAGUGCCAGGCUGUGCAUUUUUGUCCUGCCAUGGAGGAGUCCUGGCUUACACUGCUGGAGCCUUCUGUCGCAAACACUUUUCCCCCCGCGUCAAGGUCUCAGUGGAGUCCUGGGGAAACAACAUAUAAUUCAAGAUCCAGUGAGGCUUUGGAAUCUCUUAGGUAGCACUUACUAUUUUACUACUUCAAGCUCUCGGGGGAGUAACCAGAAGAAUGGAGGACUCAAAAAGAAAUCUCCGCAGGAGGACGAGGAGGAUGAAAAGCGCAGGAAAAGGGAACAUCAGAUGCAUCUUGAACGCUUACGGGCACUUCUCAUCAUAACUUUCGUAGUGCUGAUGCUUCGAUUCAUUGUCAGUGAGAACAGAGAAGGGACCAACAUUUCCUGGAACUACUUUGUGAAUGAGAUGCUGGCAAAGGGGGAGGUCCAGAGAAUUGAAGUGGUGCCAGAGAGUGAUAUUGUGGAAAUUUAUCUGCACCCAGGAGGAACUCCCCAUGGACAAGUUAAUGUUACCCUGUUGUUCACAAUGAGGGUGGCAAACAUUGACAAAUUUGAAGAGAAGCUGAGAGCUGCGGAGGAUGAGCUGAAUAUUGAUGAGAGAGAGAGAAUCCCUGUUUCCUACAAACAUCCUGGCUUUUAUGGAAAUGACAUCAUUUCCCUGAUAGUGACACUUGUGGCUGUGUCCAUGCUGUGGAGCAUCUUCCGCCUUAUUAGAGUUGCAAGCCGUGUAGGAGGAUUCAACGCUUUUAACCAGUUGAAAAUGGCUCGUUUCACUAUUGUGGAUGGGAAAUCUGGAAAAGGGAUUGGCUUCAAGGAUGUAGCGGGAAUGCAUGAGGCAAAAAUGGAAGUCAAAGAAUUUGUGGACUAUUUAAAGAAUCCUGAUCGUUACCUUCAGCUUGGGGCUAAAGUGCCCAAGGGUGCCUUGUUACUUGGACCACCAGGCUGUGGAAAGACGUUGCUGGCGAAGGCAGUGGCUACAGAAGCACAAGUGCCGUUCUUGGCCAUGGCAGGCUCUGAGUUUGUGGAGGUGAUAGGAGGUCUUGGAGCAGCCAGAGUUCGGAGCCUCUUCAGAGAAGCCCAGGCUCGCGCACCCUGCAUAGUGUACAUCGAUGAAAUUGAUGCUGUGGGCAAGAAACGCUCAACCAAUAUAUCUGGGUUUGCCAAUGCUGAGGAGGAGCAGACCUUAAACCAGCUGCUGGUAGAAAUGGAUGGAAUGGGGACCACAGAUCAUGUCAUAGUGCUGGCUUCCACCAACCGUGCUGAUGUCUUGGAUAACGCUUUGAUGAGGCCUGGGAGGCUUGACAGGCACAUCUUUAUCGAUCUUCCAACACUCCAGGAGAGAAGAGAGAUCUUUGAGCAGCACCUGAAGGGUCUUAAACUGAUCCAAGAUGCCAGCUUCUACUCGCAGCGCCUCGCCGAACUGACUCCAGGCUUCAGUGGAGCUGACAUAGCAAAUAUAUGUAACGAGGCUGCUCUUCAUGCUGCUAGAGAAGGUCACAAAUCCAUCGAUACUUCAAACUUUGAGUAUGCUGUGGAAAGAGUCAUUGCCGGCACCGCCAAGAGAAGUAAGAUCUUGUCACCAGAAGAGAGGAAGGUCGUGGCGUUUCAUGAAUCGGGUCAUGCAUUGGUUGGCUGGCUGCUGGAGCACACCGAGGCUGUGAUGAAGGUUUCCAUAGCCCCUCGGACAAACGCAGCUCUUGGAUUUGCUCAGAUCCUUCCGAGAGAGCAGUACCUCUUCACCAAAGAACAGCUGCUGGAGAGGAUGUGUAUGGCGCUGGGGGGAAGAGUGUCUGAGGCCAUCACCUUUAACAAAGUCACUACAGGAGCACAGGAUGACCUGAAGAAGGUGACCCAGAUAGCCUACUCUAUGGUGAAGCAGUACGGGAUGGUGCCCAGCAUUGGGCAGCUCUCCUUCCCAGACCUGGAGAGUGCAGCUGGAAUUGGUCGGCGCCCUUUCAGCCAGGGACUUCAGCAGAUGAUGGACCAUGAAGCGAAAGUCCUAGUGGCUCAGGCUUACAGGCGCACAGAAAAACUCUUAUUGGAGAACCGGGACAAGCUGCAAACACUGUCUAAUGCCCUCCUGGAGAAAGAAGUGAUAAAUUACGAUGACAUUGAAGCUUUGAUUGGGCCUCCACCCUACGGGCCGAAGAAAAUGAUAGCUCCUCAGAGCUGGCUUCAAGCAGAGCGAGACAAGCAGGACACAAGAGAUGAAGAAAUGCCCCAGCAGCCACCAAACCAUGAGGAGGAGGAAGAACCACGCCUGAGACCAGUAUGAAGCCCGCUCCUGAUGUGGAAUGGGAGGACUCUGAAGGCUUCUUUUGGACACAGACUCUCUUUUCAGCUCCAGAAUCAAAGAUACUGAGCAGGGAAUCUCUGUGCUGCUGUUACCCAAAAAUUAAGGGAUGGCUACGUUAGCUCUUCUAAUGAGCUUUUUCCUGCAGGAAGGAGAACUCCUUAGGAUUUUGAAAUCAAUUCUCAGCAGGGUAGUAGUGAUUAGGAGUUGGGCAAGUCUAAUCCACUGGCAAGUUUUCUUGUUCAUGGGAGCAGUGUACAUGUUCUUAAGGGUGAAGGAUCCUGAGGAGUCCCUGUAAGCCUCUGCCUGCGCUGUGUGGCACAGCCAGAGUGCAGGGCUGUCCCUGUCAGUGCCAGAAUGGUCAGUGUAGUGAAACCCCUGUGAGGCUGAGCUGGCUGAGGUGCUGUAGUUCUUGUGCGACUCCACUGUAACCUUUGGUCAUCUCUGCUGCUGAACAUAAAAUAGAAACAGAAAAAAAGACUUCACUAGAAUAAACUGUGCAUAACAUGCUGCUGUGUUUGCAGAAUGUGUCAAGACGCAGUUAAUGUGUUUCGGCACAUAGGAAGAAGCUUAUAGCUACAGUUAUACAGGACAAGGAGAAGAACUCUGGCCAGUAACUUUAUAUGCAGUUUUUAUAGCAAGUGUCCCACAAGCAGAAAUUGAGGAAAACCUGUGUGCAGAACCCAGCAUAACCCCGCAGUGUGAUGUUAGAAACUAGUGUUGCAGAGAGCAGCUCAGAGUUCCAUGUUGGAAGACAUGGUGGCCCCGCUGGCUCAGAGCUCCAGGGAUGCUCUCGGGAGCUUGAGCAAAAGCAGGUGUGUUCCUUGGGAAGCCUCGGUAAAAAGCUGCCAGUCCCUCUGGCUCCAUCCCCAUGGCUCUUGCAAAACAAGCUGUGAUGACAUGGUCGUCUGCCAUUCAUCAGGGAAGGCAUUAAAAUGAUUGUUGGUGCCUGG